CCUCUUCACUCGGCUCUAGGCAGGAGCUGACAGCUCUGUCUGCGCUUGCGCUCUCCGCAGGCUUUUACGGCCGCCGUAAAGAGGCUCUGCCUUCGGCUGCGGCUUUGAAGGGUUCGGUUGUUCCUACCACCCUGAGGCCAUGGAUGCAAGAUUCACGAGGGGGAAGUCGGCCAUCCUGGAGCGGUCCCUAGUGAGGCCCAAGACGGAGGUGAGCCUGAGUGCCUUCUCCCUGCUGUUCUCGGAGCUGGUUCAGUAUUGCCAGAACCGCGUGUACUCCGUGGCAGAGCUGCAGGCACGGCUGGCAGAGCUGGGUCAGCAGGUGGGCGCGCGAGUGCUGGAUGGCCUGGCCACUCGGGAGAAGGGCGGCCGACGGGAGACCCGGGUCCUGGGUGCGCUGCUCUUUGUCAAGGGGGCAGUGUGGCGGGCUCUCUUUGGCAAGGAGGCAGACAAGUUGGAACAAGCCAACGAUGAUGACAAGACCUACUACAUCAUUGAGCGCGAACCACUCAUCAACACGUACAUCUCUGUGCCCAAAGAGAACAGCACUCUCAACUGUGCCAGCUUCACAGCAGGUGUAGUGGAAGCUGUGCUCACCCACAGUGGCUUCCCUGCCAAGGUCACUGCCCACUGGCACAAGGGGACCACCCUCAUGAUCAAGUUCGACGAGGCUGUCAUUGCCCGGGACCGAGCCCUGGAUGGUCGCUGAGGACGGACUAGAGAAUGCGAAGGCCAGGCCUUUCUUUGUACCUUUGAGCCAUUGUCCUUUGUACUCCUGGAUUGUUUGCAUUGCCAGAUGAACAGCCUCCCUAGUCUCCCCACUCCCUCACGAUGUGAACCCUUAUCCCUUCUGGCUCUUGACUUUGCAUUCAGUCACUAAUCCUUGUCUGCAGUGUCUGGUGUCAGGGAGUGUAUUCCCUGGUGUGCUCAGGGACAAGGGGCUCAGGUUCCUCUAGGCUUGAUCAGGCUAAUCUCCCCAGUCUGGGUUUGACCUUUUUUUAUUUUUUUCUGUGUCAUCUCCUGGAUGGUAUGGGGAUGAGUUGGGGUGGGAAGAAGGGAGGUCCACUUUCUAUCACCCUGGGUUUUCUUAAUCCUUAAUUCUUCUCUGCCUGUUUCCUUGGGGAACUCAGUGUAGGGGCUUCUGUACAUUGUCAGUUGAGGGGGAAAUCAAGUCAAUGAGACUAGUCAAGGAGGAGAAGUGAUUUCCCUUGAAGAAAUUAGGCAGUCCUCUUGCCUAGACCCUCAUCUCUACUUUAGAAGCAACUGCUAGGGGACAACUGCUAGAGGACCCCAUGGCUCCAUAUCUGAUUUCUGGUGGGUGGGAGUGGGAUCCCACAUAGUUCUUUCCAAUGACACACUGGCGGGGGACCACAAACUGAGCUGUCCUGGUGGUAUCUACUCCUGCUUGAGUAGGAACAGUACCUUCAAUCAGUCCCAAACCUGACCUUUUAGUAGCUAUUGUACAAUUCAAGGCAGAAAGUUUGGAUUUCCAUCCCAGUUCUAGAGAAGAAUUAUGGGCAAAUGUUUAAUCCCUCUCUUGCCCCAGGAUUCCUCUCUUCUUUCUUGGUUCCUGUCCCUUUCCCCCUCCCCUAUCUGAGUCUUGGUUGAUAGUUUAGUCCUCGUAAUUUCUUUUGGGGCUCUGAGGACAGUGAAUUGCUGCUAGAAACAGUGUGAUGUUCAUUAAAGAUAAGUGUUCCUGGAGAUAA